CUGCAACCUCUCAGGGAAGCUCCACCCCCUCUCUCUCCAGAAGCAGGCGCACACCUGUGGAUCUCUAACAGGUGAUUUACAGGGAGCACUCAGGAUCUCUCUGUGGCCAUCGUGAUCCAGUGAGGGAGCAGGCAUUUUAAGCCACUUGUCGUCCAGACCCUGUCGUGCUAAAGUCCACAGCAGAGGAGGCACUGGAGGUCGAUAACCCUGAGGUGGAUGGGCCCUGUGAAUGUUUUUGCCUGCUGAUGAUAAGGUCUGCUACGGGGGUGGCCAUUGUCCCUUUUUGUUUUUGUUUGGCUAUAUGAUUUCCCUCAGUUCAUCAGCCUGACGGACAGGGUGGUGGCUUUUGGGAGCCCCUUUCCCCUUCACUGCAUGUGUUGUGUUUGUUCUUUACUCGUGAGGUCAGAGGAGCUGGGUGAAAGGAUGCAGGAUGGGAAACUCGGCUGGCCGGGACGUUGUUCCUGUAACAUCACAGUGUGCUGAAACUCAGAGGGAAGCAGGACGCUCACCACUGACCGCUGAUCAUGGAAGUCUCAUCAUCACACCUCAGUUUACGGGUAUUGAUGCGAAAGGGGAUGCCAAUCUAACCGUCAAUGUCACCAACACAUACGUCCAACCUCCUGACAGGACAGACCAGACGAAUGCCGUUUCUCCCAAAACUGAAGGAAACAUCCAACGGUGCCAAGCUGAGCUAAAAUCUUAUCUUCAAAACAUAACAAAAAAUCUGUCUCAAGUCACAAAGGACGAUGGGUCAUCGACUCCUUUAAACAAGAUCUACACCGAGCUUUACAUCACAGAAGGAGGCAGCGGGGAGGUAAACAGUGAACACGAAGUGAUUGAGUUAGAAUGUAAAAGGUGUACGAGUGAGGAGAGGAAAAUCCACCUCAAUGACAUUUUUAAACCGUUAUCAAACGAAGAGAGUCCUCCACAGAGAGUUCUGACGAAGGGAAUCGCCGGCAUUGGAAAAACUGUGGCUGUGCAGAAAUUCAUUUAUGACUGGGCCGCAGGAGAAGCCAACCAAACUACUCCGUUCAUAUUUCCGUUCACAUUCAGAGACUUAAAUUUAAUAAAAGAUAACUCUCACAGUCUUGUAACGUUAAUAAAUUACUAUUUUGAAGAAGUGAAGGAUUUGGAAACAUCAGACUACAACAAUUCAAGUGUUUUGUUCAUCUUUGACGGGCUGGACGAAAGCAAAUUCCCUCUGGACUUUGAGAAAAACGAGAUGUGCCGCAGUCUCACAAAGGCCACAACAGUAGACGUCCUCCUGACCAACUUAAUCACAGGGAAACUGCUGCACAAAGCCUCGGUCUGGAUCACAAGCAGACCCGCCGCCGCCACCAGGAUUCCCUCCGAGUACAUCAACAGGGUGACGGAGGUACGAGGAUUUAACGACGAGCAGAAGGACGAGUACUUCCGGAAGAAAGUCAGCGACAAGGAUGUGGCUCAGAAGAUCUUAGAUCAUCUUCAUUCAAAGCCGUUGAGAAGUCUGUACAUCAUGUGCCACAUCCCUGUGUUCUGCUGGAUUUCAGCCACGGCUCUCCAGAGUCUCCUGACAGAAAACCGGCGAGGUGAGCUGCCCAAGACUGUGAGUGAAAUGUACACACACUUCCUGAUCAUCCAGACGAAGCUCAAAGAUUAUCAGGAUGGUAAAACGGACAAAGGUGUCAUCAUGAAGCUGGGAAAGCUGGCAUUUGAACAGCUACGGGAGGGCAACAUAAUCUUCUGUGAGAAUGACUUGAAGAGUUGUGAAAUUAGUCUGGAACAAGCUGCAGUUUAUUCUGGAGUUUGUACAGAGAUCAUAAGAAAAGAAUAUGGUCUUCACAAACAGGAGGUUUACUCGUUCAUACAUUUAAGUGUCCAGGAGUUCCUCGCCGCUCUGUAUGUUUUGGAGACCUUCAUAGAUCGCGGAGAAAAUCUGCUUCCCAGCCAGACAAGUGUGAAAGCAUCGGAGAGAGGAGAACUUCCUCUCAUCUUCCUCCACAAGAACGCCACGGAUAUGGCUUUGGUCAGCAGUUAUGGACAGUGGGACUUGUUCCUGCGCUUCCUGCUCGGCCUGUCAAAGGACACAAACCAGGAGCUUCUUCAGAAAGCAUUUAGAUUUAAAGGAAGACGUCCGCUGAGCAGCCACGAGACAAUCGCCUACAUUCACGAGAAGAUCAAGAAACUGUCUUACACCGACACGAGCAUCAAUCUGUUCCACUGUUUAAAUGAGUUGGGUGACCGUACCCUGGUGGAUCAAGUCCAGAAGUACCAGAGCUCUAGAGAUGUUAGUAAAAUCUCUCCUGCACAUUGGUCAGCUCUGGCAUUUGUGCUGCUUGUUUCCAAUGAAGCGCUGGACGUCUUUGACCUGAAGAAAUACUCUGGAUCAGAUGAGGUUCUGGAGAGGCUGCUGCCCGUGCUCAAAGCAUCUAAGACGGCCUUGCUGAGCGACUGCAGCCUCACUGACAGAUGUUGCAGGUAUAUUUCAUCUGUGCUCAGUUUGGAGUUGUCGGGUCUGGAGGACUUAGACCUGAGCCGAAAUAAACUGCAGGACUCUGGAAUAGCUCUGCUCUCUGAGGGUCUAAAAAGUCCCGCCUGCAAACUCCAGAGACUCUGUCUGAAAGAAUGUGGCAUUACAAAAAAGGGAUGCCAAUCUUUGGCCAGUGGUCUGGCUUCAAACCCGUCCCACCUGAGGGAGCUGGAUCUCAGCGAGAACAGAUUUCAUGAUGAAGGACUGGAGCUACUCUCAGAAGUUCUCAACAAAUGCUCUUUGGAAACCCUCAGGUUGUGUAAGUGCGGCAUCACAGGGAAACCUCUGGCUUCAGCUCUCAGCUUGAACCCAUCCCACCUGAAAAACCUGGACCUGAGCAGGAACAGUCUUGGAGCUCAGACAGUCUCUCAGCUCUGUGGCUUUCUGAAGCAUCCUGACUGCCAGCUGGAGAGAUUAUGGCUUUAUAGGACAGACUUAACAAAGGCGUGUGCUGCAGCUCUGGCCUCAGCUCUGGCUUCCAAACCCGCCCAGCUGAGGGAGUUGGAUCUGGGAGGGAACAUCCUGGAGGACGCCGGAGUGAUGGAGAUCGCUGCUCUGCUGAAGGAUCCAAACUGCAGAGUGGAAACACUGAGACUGGCGGGCUGUCGGUUCACAGAGAGCGUCUGUGCUGCGCUGGCUUCCAGUCUGAAGUCAAACCCCGCCCACCUGAGAGUUCUGGAUCUGGCGAGAAAUAAACUUCAAGACGCUGGUGUCGAACACCUUUCUGAGUUCUUGGCAGAGCCACUUUGUCAACUGGAGACACUAAACCUGAAAUGCUGCACGUUAACGGAAGCCUGCUGCCGGUCUUUGACCUUCGCCCUCAGCUGCUCCUUUGCUCUCAAAGAGCUCGACCUGAGCUACAACUCGCUGAAGGACCAGGGUGUGAAGCUGCUCUCUGAUUGGCUGCGGAAACCCCAGUGUGGACUGCAGAUACUGAGGUUGUCGGAGUGCACAGCGAGCAGCUGCGAGUGUCUUGCCUCGGCUCUGAGGUUGAACCCUUCGCACCUCAGAGAGCUGGAGCUGAGCAAGUCUCAUCCAGGAGACUCGGCUCUGCAGCUGCUGUCGGAUCUACAGAAGGACAAAGAUUACAGUCUGCAGACCCUGACGGUGACACCGAGACCUGUUCCUUCCAGCGACAUUCUCCAUCCUUCCACCAGAUGACCUCAGACUUUCACUUUCACCUGUUUCCACUUUCCCUCACCAGCCCUGCAGUUACAGUAUAUUUACUGCCCUUCGAUUGUUAUGGUUUUGGGUUUAGUGUUGGUAUUUGCUGUUUUCUUUUGGUAAGUCUUUGCUACCUGCCUCUCCUCUCCUUUCACUUCACUUCCUGCUCUUGUGUUUUCCCGCUGGUUUAAUUGGUUGCUCCUUCCUGAUUAAUUUCACCUGUGUCUCGUUACAGCGUCCUCUUGGGUUUUUAGUUUGUCUAGUUCCCUCACCCAGUUUGUCGAUGUCUUUGGACUUGUGUCCAGCCAUUUUCCCAGUGUUAGAUUGUCUGUGAAUCCCUUGGAUCCUGACUCUGCCGGACUCUGGAGUCUUGGUUGUACCUUUUUUUUGAAGUUGUUUCUUUGUUGGACUGCUUACCUGUUGGUUUUUUUUUUGUUGGUUUUUUUGUUUUGGCUACCUCAUCACCAGGUUGUAAAUCUUUGUUCAUGUUGAUUUGUUCAAUAAAUCCUUGAACUGAACCUGCUCUGCCCGAGUGUUCUGCGUUUGGGUCCAAAUACCUGGUUGUCUCUUGUCUGCUCCCCUUUGUUUCCUGAAUUCACCUGUGACCCUGACAAUUCCUUCUAACACGAAAGCCUGUCAAUCAACUCUUGACGAAACUUUCACACCUGACCUGUUUGGUCCCUUGACAACUGGACUUUUAGGGCUUUGGAGUUUUGUGAUUUCCUGUUUUAUUUUGAAACUAUCCUUCCUUGUGUGUCCUGCGUAGCGUUGCUUCCUGUCUUUAUGUUCCUUGGUUGAUUGUUUGCCCCACCCUAAUUCCACGCGUGUUUCAUUAAUCACCUCCCUCUUUGUGUAUUUAAGUCAGUGUUUUAUCAUUGUUAGUUGUCGUUGCAUUUCGUCAGCGUUCUAGUAUUCCAGACAGAUCUUUUGCUUCCUCGUAUUUGUCAAAUUACUUUUUUUAUUACUUUAUUUUGUUCGUUCUUGUGGAUGGAUUGCAUAUGCUAUGCUGUUCUGGAUUUGUUUGUGCUUUGUUUUAGACUUCCUGCCUCAUUCAUUGUAAGUUCACCCUUUAAGGUAUUAAAAGUUGCAACCUGCAUCUACUGUGCCCUGUAGAUUGCCCUGUAGGUGUUCCUCGUUUGGCUCCAAAUCCUCUGUUUUCCAGUGUCAGCGCUUGAGCUCGAUGUUAAACAGAAGCUUUACUCUGUGAAGAAAGUUAACUGUAAAUUAUCUUGGCAUUUAACAGUCGGACCAAAGCUUUAGAGGACGUCCACACACUGACACUACAGCUCCUUUACAGCUGAAAGAAAUCUAAAGCUGUUUGACCUUAGUGACAUAUUAGUCUUAAAAAUGGUUGUAUUUAAAAUAAACUAUUUCAUGAAUGGACAAUAUUUGAAACAUUUCAUUAGUGUAAUUAGAUAGUCAGAGGGUGUGAUCACAUAUUUAGGACACAACAGGAUAAAAGAUAAGAAUGCUGCUUCUGCAGUGUAAAGUCAGAGACGUUGAGUGAAAAAGAAUGAAUCGCCUUUAUUUAAUAAAAUAAUCCUUUUAUUUCUUCAUGCUCAAUAAAACCCUGAGUCAUCUCUUUCACAGAAAGAUUGAGAAGCUCGUUCUCGUCUUUAGGUACACAACAAUCCCACUUCCUCGCUCCAUACCUGAUCAACAUAGCAGGUUGACAUCAGGGCCGAUAAAGAGCAUCUCUCGUUUUUGUAGAACAAAAUGAACAACAAAAUGAAAAACUCUUGUAAACAGACACAAAGCAUGAUGGAGGUGACCUGAAGUGUGUGAUCUUUUUGCUUCAAACCUGAGUGGUGAUCACAAACUAACUUGAACCUGACGGCAAUCAGAAACCAGGAUUACUGUAACUUCUUCUGUUCAGCCCAAUAAAUUUACUUCUGUCCA